CCAUUUCCGUCCUGGUUUCCGCCACCAUUUUGUCGACUUGCGUGCAGCUGGCUGAGGUGCUGUACUGUAGAUCACAUCGUAGAGAUAGCUAAUCCGGCAAUGGACGGCAUUGUCACUGAUGUUGCAGUUGGCGUAAAGAGAGGAUCAGACGAGCUACUGUCUAGCAGUCUGUACAACAGCCCCAACUCUAAUAUGAGUGGCAUGGUUGUAACGGCUAAUGGAAAUGAUAGCAAAAAGUUAAGAGUUGAAGACAGAAUGGAUUGUCCCCCUUCACGUGUUCUCCACAUCAGGAAGCUGCCCAAUGAAGUUACAGAGACAGAAGUUAUUGCCUUGGGUUUACCGUUUGGGAAAGUCACUAACAUUCUCAUGCUUAAAGGAAAAAAUCAGGCCUUCCUUGAACUUGGAACUGAGGAAGCAGCUAUUACAAUGGUUAACUAUUACACAGCUGUGACUCCUCAUGUUCGUAAUGUGCCCGUUUUCAUCCAGUAUUCAAAUCACAAAGAAUUAAAGACUGACAAUGCUCUUAACCAGCGUGCGCAAGCAGUUCUUCAAGCUGUAACUGCUGUCCAGGCAGCCAGUACCCCAACAUCAGGGACUACAGCAAGUGAGAGUGCAUUAACACCAGCUCCAAGUCCAGUGCUCAGAAUAAUCAUUGACAAUAUGUUUUACCCUGUUACACUGGAUGUUCUUCAGCAGAUAUUUUCAAAAUUUGGAACUGUUAUGAAGAUCAUUACAUUCACAAAGAACAAUCAGUUUCAAGCUUUACUUCAGUUUAAUGACCCAGUGAAUGCCCAGCAAGCCAAAUUGGCUCUGGAUGGUCAGAAUAUUUAUAAUGCCUGCUGCACUCUACGCAUUGACUUUUCUAAACUGGUCAAUUUAAAUGUUAAAUACAACAACGACAAGAGCCGUGACUACACCCGUCCCGAGCUUCCAGCUGGAGAUGGUCAGCCCAGCAUGGACCCUUCUGUAGCUGCUGCAUUUAAUAAGGAUUCCUCGCUGCUUGGUAAGAGUCAAGGUACUCCUUCUGGAAUGGUAUCUCCCUAUUCUGGCGGUGGAGGGUUUCCAUCCUCUCUUGGUUUUGCCCAGGGUGGAGGGCUUGCCUUUCCAGGGGCUCUCAGUCCUCUGAGUGCAGCAGCAGCUGCAGCCGCAGCCGCAGGGCGGGUAGCGCUGUCUGGGGUCUCGGGCACCAGCAGCGUGCUCCUGGUCAGCAAUCUCAAUGAGGAGAUGGUUACGCCCCAAAGUCUGUUUACCCUCUUCGGUGUUUAUGGUGAUGCUCAGCGCGUGAAGAUACUUUACAAUAAGAAAGACAGUGCUCUGAUACAAAUGGCAGAUGCAAAUCAAGCUCAGCUUGCGAUGAGUCAUCUGAAUGGCCAGAAGAUGUAUGGGAAGAUCAUUCGAGUGACCUUAUCUAAACAUCAGACUGUACAGCUGCCAAGAGAGGGGCUUGAUGAUCAAGGGCUCACAAAGGAUUUCACCAACUCGCCAUUACAUCGUUUCAAGAAGCCUGGGUCAAAGAACUUCCAGAAUAUAUUUCCUCCUUCAGCAACCCUUCAUCUGUCAAACAUCCCACAAGACAUAACCGAAGAGGACCUCAGAGUACUGUUCUCAAACUCCGGUGGCACUGUGAAAGCCUUCAAGUUUUUCCAGGAUCACAAAAUGGCACUGCUGCAGAUGGCAACUGUUGAAGAAGCAAUUCAGGCCUUGAUUGACCUUCACAAUUACAACAUGGGAGAUAAUCAUCACCUGAGAGUCUCCUUCUCUAAAUCAACAAUUUGAACAUGCUCGCAGGAUAAAAUGUGUUUACGCUCUUUAGAAGCGUUACCUAUUGACUGUUUCCGGACACUGGGGACCACAGUUUGACAUUUUAAAUUUUAUCAAUCAUUCCUUUAAGAAUAUGAUGGAUUAUCAGAAAAGAAACAUUACACAGCAGAGUCUACUAGUCUGCUUUGAAGACUUUCCCCACCCCAUUUAUAUGUUAGGCAAGCCAUUAACGUUUUUCCAUUUCAUCAUAAGAAGGAAGUAAGUAAAUUCCUCUUUUUAUUAUAAUUUGAUUAGAUGACAAGAUAUGUGCCUUACUUGACAAAAUAGUAUCAACACUUUUACAUCAGUACAUUUACAUGAUCCAUUACAGUUGACUAUUUAGGCACAUUGGUUCUGAUGGUGUAAGAAGCAGAGAUGUAAAAAUAGGUAUUUCUGUAUGUAUUUGUACAGUUUGUGGAGUUCUCUACCCCUCAAAGUGUAGUCCUUACUAGCUGUGACUUAUUAAUUUCUGCAGAUUUCCUUCCUUUAGUUGAAAAUUACAUUUUAUUUUAUUAGUUAAGAUUCAGAGUUUUUGUAAGACCUAAGGUGAACAAAGGACAUCGUUCUGCUAAGAUUGAGGCUGGGGUGAUGUAUUGAUUAAUCAGUAAAUUGUCAGUACAUUUCCUUUUUGAUCAUUAUCGAUAUCCAGGCCAGUGCAUCAUUUAUUUUUUCCCCUCACAAAAGGCAGUCACAAAUCUGACAUCUUAAUUCAAAUACAUUUGGGUUAGUUAGAUGUGGAGCAGAUUAAAUCAAACAGAGCAUAAAGAAGCCCAAAUAAGAGUACAUUACCAACAUAGACAUUUGUUAUCUCUGGCAGAUAGGGUUUUAGUUUGCCUAAAAGUAUUUGCCUAAUGCAGGGAUAUUAUUAAAGCAAAUUAUAUGGAAGUUGGAUGGAUGGCUUACCAAGCCAGAAGAAUAGUAAUAUGUUGCAGUUGUAAUAAGUUUAGUAGUUUUGGUUGUAUAUAACAGAAUUGCCAUUCCAAGGCAGUCCUGAUUAAAAAAAAAAAAUAGUUGUGGCUCUUGAAUGUGUUAAAGAAAAGUAUAUUCUUUUUGGGGUGAUGUCUUUAAAAUGGGGAAGAAACACUUGUUGCUUAAAAGUAUUGUCUUAUUGAAUUUAAGUUGAGUAUUGUUCCCUCUUGUAUAAUGGUGUCAUUAAUCAGCACAUUAAAAGAGCAAGAUAUUACGUGACCUAGAAAACUGUCACUAGCCCCUGUAUUGUGCUUUCCCAUGUUAUUUCAUGUAUAUUGUUCCCAUAAAAUAGAAUUUUGCCCCACACAGUCAGAAGUCAUGAAAUAAGCAUGGAAGGCUUUAAAAUUUAAUUAAAUACAUUUCUGCUUCCAUAUCUUCCAUAUGACCAGUGGUUUGCACCAGGAUCCCAAAAGAUAAAGACUUGACAAUGAUUUAAGUAUGACACUGAUGUUCAUAUAAUUGGAUACUGGUAUUUCACAGAAUAUGUACACCCUUUUUGUGUUGAUUUCUUUUGAUGGAAUUUUCUAAACAUUCUACAGUAGCAUACUUUGAAUUUAUGCAGUAUUUUGUCCUUAAGAAAUAACAUGACUUAUUUCAUCAAUAGGCCUACAAAAUAACAUUGAAUUUACUGUUUUACUCUCUUCUUUUUAUCAAGUUACUUAUUUUGUUUUAACUAAAAUAAAUUAAUACAGUGCCAGUGGAGCAGAUAUUAAUUGCAUAUGUGUGGG